GUGGACAAGUCCCUCCCUCUGUCUGUACUGGAUGAACUGAUUUGUAACUCCUCCGUCAUCAACAAACCAUAUCCCACUGAUGGACAGCUAUAUUGUAACGCCACAUUUGACGGUUUGCUGUGUUACAACUACACCCUAGCUGGUGAAAGCGUGUCGGUCCAUUGUCCAGACUAUCCUGGUUUUGAUACUCGCGCGUACGCUCGAAAAACAUGCAUGGACAAUGGCCAGUGGUACAGCCAUCCUAAGGUGCCCAACAAACCCUGGACAGAUUACACAGCAUGCUCCAAAUUACAGGAAGAACGAGAUGUAAUCAUGGUGUACAUUUCCGGGUACUCCUUGUCAAUCAUUCUCUGUGUCUUGGGAGUCAUCAUCUUCAACAUGUUCAGACAACUGAAGUGCAGUCGGGUGACCAUGCAUCAGCAUCUGUUCAUAUCCUACAUCCUGACUGGAACGAUGUGGAUUCUCCUGUUUGUGUUAAUUGACUGUGCGAUUCUGGUUUGUUCGUUUCAGGGUUGGUGUCAAGCAUUACACGUGUUUACGCAGUAUUUGACUGUGUGUAACUACUGCUGGAUGGUGUGUGAGGGCUUCUACCUACACACGCUCAUAGUCAUGGCCUUCAGCAAGGAGAAGAAACUUCUGUGGAUGUGUAUCAUCAUGGGCUGGUGCUUUCCCUUCGUACCGUCGGCAAUCUACGCUGGGAUGCGGGGAAUGGACUCCACCGACAAUGUCAACUGCUGGCUGUAUGAGUCGAAGUUCCUCUGGAUCAUCAUCGGCCCAGUUAUCCUCUCUCUGGUGGUUAAUUUGUUCUUCUUAGUGAACAUUCUCCGGAUCUUGUUGUCGAAACUCCGUGCCUUCAACACUAACGAACAGCACCAAAACAGACGUGCGGCCAAGGCCAUCUUGAUUCUCAUCCCGCUUCUCGGACUUCAGUACCUGAUCAUCCCAUUCCGACCUACAUCCGGGCUCCGCGAGCUUUACAUAUUCAAAAUGGUGUCAGCUCUCUUGGUGUCUUAUCAGGGCGUGUGUGUUGCGCUUAUUUUCUGUUUUUUCAACGGAGAGGUUGUAACGGUUGUCAAAAGAAAAUGGAUGUUGUAUCGAAGUAACUUUGACUCGAACAGUUCCGAACGUCGACGCAGCAUGACUAACAGCAUGAUGUGCAAUGACGUCACACUCGUGAAGAACGGAUCAAGGCACAACAGCGGUCGAUUCGUCAUUAGAUCAACUCAUGAGGUUUCUGAAAUGCAAUGUAUGGUCAACGGGGCCACCGAGCGCGUGUAA